GGACGAGUUAGGGUGUCGCUGCUCCCGAUUGCUCUGGCCAAUGGAACCCGAUCCACCCUGCUGUGCGUAAGAGCGCAAUUAAGGAUUUAACCAAGCCUAUGCUGCGCCCCAGCCAGCAGUCUGCCGCAGCCGCCGCGCCGAGCCGCCUCCCCCGGCCAUGUCCGCCUAGAGCCCGGCGAUCCGCGCUAUGACAGCAGUGUUUGACAGAAGGGUCCCCAACAUCAGGUCCUCCGACUUCCAGCCGCCUUUCCAGAGCUCCGCAGCCAUGCACCACCCGUCCCAGGAAUCUCCCACUUUACCGGAGUCCUCGGCUACGGAUUCCGACUACUACAGCCCGACGGGGGCGGCCCCGCACGGCUACUGCUCGCCUACCUCGGCUUCCUACGGCAAAGCGCUCAACCCCUACCAGUAUCAGUACGGCAUGAACGGCUCCGCAGGCACCUACCCCGCCAAAGCCUACGCGGACUACGGCUACGGCAGCCCCUACCACCAGUACGGAGGCGCCUACGGCCGCGGGCAAAGCAACGCGGGGCAGCCAGAGAAGGAGGUGGCGGAGCCCGAGGUGAGGAUGGUGAACGGCAAGCCAAAGAAAGUGCGCAAACCGCGGACUAUUUAUUCCAGCUUUCAGCUGGCGGCGUUGCAGAGGAGGUUCCAGAAGACCCAGUACCUCGCCCUGCCCGAGCGGGCCGAGCUGGCCGCCUCGCUGGGACUCACGCAGACGCAGGUGAAAAUCUGGUUCCAGAACAAAAGGUCCAAGAUCAAGAAGAUCAUGAAGAACGGGGAGAUGCCCCCGGAGCACAGCCCCAGCUCCAGCGACCCCAUGGCCUGCAACUCCCCGCAGUCUCCAGCGGUGUGGGAACCUCAGGGCUCGUCGCGCUCCCUCGGCCACCACGGGCACGGCCACCCGCCCGCCGCCAACCCGUCCCCCGGCAGUUACCUGGAGAGCCCCUCGGCCUGGUACCCCGCCGCCAGCCCCCUCGGCUCCCACCUGCAGCCCCACGGCUCCCUACAGCAUCCAUUGGCGCUGCCCUCCGGGACGAUCUACUGAGGGCCGAAGCCUUCUGCUUCUUUUGUAUUCCGCUCCCCGGACUCCUGUGUUUUACUGUUAAGGAAUAAUAAGGAAAGGAACGCGAAUGGGGGAUUUGGAAAGGGAAACGAAACAAACAAACGACAACAACAACGAGAAAAAAAAAAAAAAAGAAAAGAAAAAAAAAAAAGGUUAAAAUGUGUAAAGCUUGUGCAUGUAACUUAUUGCAUUUCAAAGGAACCCUUUUUUAUACCGUGCGGACAUUUUUCGGCUCAGCUGUGGACACUGUCAAUGGUGCCUUGAAAUCGAUGACCUCAACUUUUCCAGAGACUUGGUUGUUUUGGUUUUUUUUUUUGGUUUUUUGGUCAAUGUUAUUUUAACCCUUGUAAAUAAUUGUAGAUAGAGGAAUUAAACUGUAUAUUCUGAAUAAAAUAAAAUUAUUUCGACCACGA